AUGGAGCUCAUACCCUCAGUGAGCAGGAGCAGCGGUCUGGAGAAAGACGGCAACGCGCUGCUGAGCCCAAAGGUUCAGGAAGAGUAUCGGGCGUUCAUCCAAGAAAAGAUAGAUGCGUAUUGGGUGAAAUAUCCUCUUGGAUCCGGAGAUGACCCUAUGAGCGAGCAAGAUGCCAUCAACAAGAGGGAGAUAGAGGGUAACCUUCUCAUAUUGCUCCGAAAAUUGCGCGAGGGGCUCCUGUCCAUCAAACGGCGAGACGCGUUCGCACAAGAAGCGUACGAGACAUCUCUACAUCUCGCCGUCCUAUUCAAAUCUCCGGUCCAAAUCACCUCGACACUGUCGCACCUCUUUCCAGACUUCUAUGUCGUACAGCGGCAUCCCCGCCAAACCUCCUCUUCGACGCGCUCCAAGACCGUUUCUCCCAGGGAAACGUUACCUCCGCCUUCUUCACUAGAUGCCGAAGCGACCAUAACGACAGAAGAAGUAGCAGAUGCCCGCCCAGGCGCGCUCUCGUCGACCCUGAUCCUUCUCCUGCACCACCUCGCCACCGCAUACCCAUCCCAAGUCGCAUUCUUCACACAACUGCGGAAGUUGCACCCCUCUCUCCAGGCCGCUCUGCGCGCCCCCGCGAGCCUAUCGCACAGGAAGCCUUCUUCCGCCUCACCGAGAUCACCGUCGUCGGCGGAGUGCCCUGCGCCCUCAGAAACCCCACCGCCCCCGCCUUCCAAGCCUGAACUCGCGGGUGGUGCGACCCCUAUCGCAGACUCGCAGCAAGCCAAAGGACCGGGGGAGGACGCCUCGCCGCACGAGUGGCUCCGCGGCCUCGCGCGGUGCCUCCGCCGGCGAGACUACGCGUCGCUCGCACAACUCGCCCGGCCGGACGCCUACCUCCCGUUCGUCCGCACGAGGCCGUCGGCGCCAGCGCGGACGGAAGAGCCGAGGCGAGACAGACGCGAGGCCGUGGCCACCGCAGCGCUCGGCGCGUUGGUCGACGCGCUGGUCGAGCGCGCGCGCGCGACGGCGUGGGGCGUGCUCAGGGCCGCGUACCGGGAGCUCUCGCUGCGCGCGCCCGGGGAGCCCACGGGCACGACGGCGACCUGGCUCGCGCGCUCGCUGACGCUGGGCGCGUGGGAGGAGGACGCGGAUGCGGAGGGCGUCGUGGAACGCUGGCUCGAGGGCCGGCGCGCGCGGGGCGAGGCGCGCCGGAAGGAGGGCGACGCGGGCCCGGUGGAGGGGCGGUGGGUGCUGGUGAGGUGA